UCCACCUCCACCUUCAUAAACAUUUUGCCCUAUUAAUUUUUUUAUAGUAUUAUUUUUUUUUGGGUUCAAUUUACAGCUCUUUAUUUUAUCUUUGUUCUCUCACAAAGCCGCCGUACUACGUAAAGUACCUCAGAUCAGAUUCUCUCUCGCCUCUCACUCGAUUUUGCUGUCUCUUGGAAAUUGCAUGUGAAGAUAUUCUAGUGUAAAUAAUGGCUGUUGAGGCCUGUUCGACACCUAGUUUGCUGGAAGAUAGCGAUGAGGAGAAUGCACCCUUAGUAUUCAAGAGAACCAGCUCAUCAUCAAAGCAAAAUCUAUCUAACUCAGAUACAAAGAAAUUGUCAUCUCAGAAGCGUGAUGGACAAUCAUCUAGAAACAGUUCAGAUGUAUGUCCUGUGAAUGGCCAAAGUUCUAGUGCUCAAACAGGUAGGGUAGUUUCCUCAGCCAAGACACCACCUGCCAAAUCACCUCUUUCUAGCCCAAAAGCAGCAAAUAUCUCAGCCAAGACUUCAUUGAUUACGUCUCCUGGAGCAAAUUCAAAACCAUCUUCUUCUACAUCUGCUACCGUGAAACAGCUGGAAAAUCAUAAAAAUUCCCCUGUGGUUAAGCUUCCAAAGCCUUCUGUACCUGCUGCUAAACCGAGUAGCACCCCUGUGGAUUCUGAUGAUGACAAACCAUUGAUGGCUAAGCUUCCCAGUGGGUCAUCCAGGGCAAUUGUUAACCAUGGUAAUAAAGACGGUGAUGGUUCCAGUUUGGUUCAGAAGCCAGGGGUCGAAGAAGAUGAAGAUUCAGAUGACGAAAAACCUCUAUCAUCUAGGUAUUCAUCAAAGUCUAAGUUAGUUGAAUCUAUAAGCAAGACAAGAAACCCGGGUGAAAAGAAGACAUUACCAGCUAAAGUUCAACAAAAUGGUUCUGCCUUGAGGGAUGGUCCUGUUGGCAAAUCUUCUUCUCUGUCAAAUAAAAGACCUCCUGGUGAGGUUAAAUCUUCAGAUGAGUCUGCAGUGAAAAAGCCUAAGCUUUCAGGUCCAACUGCAGCCAUCAAUAAGAAGCAGGCAAUGCUCAAAGCAGAACCAAAGGUGGAGGAUAAUGAUGAUGAUAUUCUUAUCUCGCAAACAGCCAAGAAGACGUUUGCUUCAGCCAGUAAGCCAAAGUCUAACGAUGACGAUGACGAUCAUGUUCCUAUAACCCAGAGAAUGAAGAAGUCAACUACUUCUGUUAGUCAGUCGUCUUCUGUGAAAAAAGUAGCUAAAGUUGUUUCAUCUUCUCUGAAAAAAACGAAUAAGAAGUCUAAGAAAAUAAUUAAAAAGUCAAAGUACUCCAAGUCAUCUAAAGUGCCUCCUGGCUCUGGAGAAGGUCAAAAGUGGACUACUUUGGUUCAUAAUGGUGUCAUUUUUCCUCCUCCCUACAAGCCUCAUGGGGUUAAGAUGCUGUACAAGGGCCAGCCUGUUACUCUGACUCCUGAACAGGAGGAGGUUGCUACUAUGUUUGCUGUGAUGUUAGAUACUGAUUACAUGAGUAAACCUCAAUUCAAAGAGAACUUCUUUAGUGACUGGAAAAAGAUACUGGGAAAGAAUCAUACCAUUCAGAACUUGGAAAACUGCGACUUCAGACCUAUAUAUGAGUGGCAUCAGAAAGAAAAGGAGAAAAAGAAACAGAUGACUACAGAAGAGAAGAAGUCCUUAAAAGAAGAGAAGCUUAAGCAAGAAGAGAAGUAUAUGUGGGCCAUUGUUGAUGGCGUCAAAGAGAAGGUUGGCAACUUCAGGGUGGAACCACCUGGAUUGUUUCGAGGUCGUGGAGAGCAUCCCAAGAUGGGAAAGUUGAAAAAACGCAUUCGUCCAAGAGACAUUACCAUAAACAUCGGAAAGGAUGCUCCAAUUCCAGAAUGUCCCAUCCCUGGUGAAAGAUGGAAGGAAAUAAGGCAUGACAACACAGUGACCUGGUUAGCAUUUUGGAAUGAUCCAAUUAAUCCAAAGGAAUUCAAAUAUGUUUUUCUUGCAGCCAGCAGCACCUUAAAGGGGCAAAGUGAUAAAGAAAAAUAUGAGAAGGCAAGGCUGUUAAAGGACUAUAUUCAUGGCAUUAGAACUGCUUAUACUAAGGAUUUUGCCAGUAAAGAUCCAAUGAAGAAGCAAAUAGCAGUUGCAACUUAUCUUAUAGAUAAACUAGCCCUCAGGGCAGGCAAUGAGAAGGAUGAUGAUGAAGCAGAUACAGUUGGUUGCUGCACACUGAAAGUAGAAAAUGUAGAACCCGUACCUCCAAAUAUUUUGAAGUUUGACUUCCUUGGUAAAGAUUCAAUUAGAUAUCAGAAUGAGGUUGAGGUUGAAUCUGGAGUUUUCAAGGCAAUUCAGCAGUUUCGAAGUGGGAAAGAGGGUAGUGAAGAUCUUUUUGACAAGCUUGACACAAGUAAACUGAAUGCUCAUCUGAAGGAAUUAAUGCCUGGUCUUACUGCAAAAGUUUUUCGUACAUAUAAUGCAUCUAUAACAUUAGAUGACAUGUUAAGUAGGAAAACCAAUGGUGGAGAUGUCCUUGAGAAAGUAGUCGUAUAUCAACAAGCAAACAAGGAGGUUGCUAUUAUUUGUAAUCAUCAGCGUACUGUCUCAAAGACCCACAGUGCACAAAUGUCUCGGCUGAAUGAAAAGAUUGAGGAACUCAAGGGUGUUCUGGAAGAAUUGAAAACUGAUUUGUCUAGGGCCAAAAAGGGGAAGCCACCAUUAAAGAAUGCUGAUGGGAAGCCGAAGAGGAAUUUGAAUCCAGAAGCGCUUGAGAGAAAGAUAGCUCAAACUAAUGCUAAAAUUGAGAAGAUGGAACGGGACAAGGAGACCAAAGAGGAUCUGAAAACUGUAGCAUUGGGUACGUCAAAGAUCAACUACCUUGAUCCCAGAAUAACAGUUGCAUGGUGCAAGCGGCAUGAAGUACCUAUUGAGAAGAUAUUCAACAAGUCACUUCUGGCCAAGUUUGCUUGGUCCAUGGAUGUUGAUCCUAGCUUCAGAUUCUGAUGCUUUGGUGGCUGUGGUAGCUCCUGGAUCCCCCACUCCCCAUCUCUCUCCUGUAUCCCCCAACGACUGCAAAGAAAGGAGUUCCCGGGGAAAAAGACAUGGAACCUUCAACUAAUCUCUCUUACAAUAUUUUAUUCAUUCAUGCUGUAUGGAAAGUGUCGUUAACGAAGUUUUGGGGUCAGUUCCCAUCUUUCACUUUAUUUUUCAUUGAGCGAAGGUGUUAAAACGGAACUCUGACAAGCCCCCUGCUGCUACUUGUAGUAGGCAAGGCAUUUGAGUUUUACAAAUGUAUUACUCAUUACCUUUCAAUUAGUUUCGCUUUCGGGGAUUGGAUAGUUUUGGCUGGGAUAUUUAUUGUUAGUUGAAAAUGUAUUUAAAUCGAGUCGAUCUUGAAUAUUGC